AUAUUUUCACUCUCACACAACACGACUCACAAGGAAAACCUCACGCACACACUGAUACCAAUUGCAAAGAGUGCUUUGUGGAUCGACUGACUGUCUGGGCAGCUACUGCAGAGAGAGAGAGAGAGAGAGAGAGAGAUUGGUGGGUGGGGGCAGAUGCAGGCAGCAAGAGAAGGAAAUAUUCCCAAAAGGAGCGGCCCAGGACAGAUAUAGGAGAAGGACUGUAGGGCCGGAUCCUGCUCACACCUACCGGUAGUGUGAGCAGGACAGGAAAGGGAAUACAGAACUAGGAAAGGAAGCAGGGAGAGAGAGAGUUGUUAUUAAAGUGGCUGAGAGGAACUGAUGGGAUGGCAUUGAUCUCUGGGAGCUGCCGGCUCUUGGGCGAGAUGGCGUCUUGUUGCUGCAGACCCUUCCUCAACUCGCCCUGCUGUCGACCACUCAUCAAAGUCUGCCUCUCCUCCUUCACAGACAUCUCUCCCGCUGAGCUGGAUGCUCUUUGGAGGGAGCCGCCGUACGGUCUUGGAGGAACAAGUGAGAACUUCUCAGGGACUACCAUCAUGACUCAAGGUGAGGAAGAGGAUGGCCGAAUUGGCGAUGCAGGAGAGGAAGAGGAACAUGACAACUACUGGAAGAAGAAAGAGGCCUUCCUCAGGGGAAGUAAAAUUUCAGUCGGGGAGAAAUUCUCUUCAGAAAUUGUACUGCUGUUUACGGGCCGGAGGCGUUCCAGCGAAGAUCCCGACCAGUCCCUGCAGGAGGCGCUGCGCACACGCCUCCGAGUUGUAGAGAGCAACAGCAAAGACAUUACGCAGCUCUUCAAAGACCUUUCUGCUCGUCUGGUCUCUGUCCAUGCUGAGAAGGACAGCUUUGUCCUCACAUUUAAGACGGUGGAGGAAGUCUGGAAGUUUUCAACCUACCUCUCAUUAGGUUAUGUCGCUCGAUGCUUGGAGAACUUCCUGUGUGACCAGUCUUUCUGGCUGAAUCCUGAGCUGCUAAGCGAGCUGGAGAUCAGUGUCAUUGUAGACGAGGAGCAUCUAGCAACCCUCUAUCUGGGACUUCUGCUCCAAGAAGGAUCUUUUUUCGCGAAGGCUUUGUUCACCAGGAGUGAAGAGGAUAAUGAAGAGCAGCUGUCAUUUAAAAAGAACGACCUGCUGAUGGUGAGGGACACGGGGCAGGACAGCAGCUGGGAGGGCACCAUGCUCUCCACUGGAAAACACGGCCAGGUGCCCGUCGACGCCAUGCAGCCGCUGCCCUACCCCUUCUACCAGUGGUUCCUAAGGAAGUAUCCAGGCCAUGCUGGAUGCUCACCAGUAGAAAAGGAACUGUUUGAAAAUGAAAUUGUGACCGGUUCGUGUGAAGCCAUCGUGGACUACAGUCCAGCCGGGCCAGAUGAGCUGCAGCUGAACCAAGGCGACGCUGUGGAGAUCCAGGGCCUGCUGCUCCGCGGACUCACCGUCUUCAUAGGAAGACACGCAUCCACAGGACGCACUGGAUUCGUCCACAGAGCCCACGUCAAGCCUCUGAACACCACACCUCUAAACAGACAACUGGUGUUUCUCACUGAGGAGGAGAAGGCCAGCCUGGCUCGGGUGAACGCAUACAGCUCACAGCCAAGUGACAGCUGCCUGUUGGAGAGACUCUUCUCGUCAGACAUCAGUUCUGUGUACAGAUUAGACAGAUUAGACGAGGCUGACUUUAUGUACAUCCGGAAUCGGCCCAAACACGAUCUGAAGGGUCUUUCCAGCGCCCGUCAGAGCCUGAUGUCUGAAAGAAGUGAGGGUACGACGCUGUAUCAGUCCUCCCCUCGUGCCUCUGUCUCUUACUCCUUACCUCGCACCUCCUUCCAUCAUUCCCAUAAUCCUCUGCCUGGAGAGGGAGAACGCAUCUCCUUCAACCUGGAGGACACGUUUAAAGAGCUGGAUGAGUUUCAGGAGGAUCCUCCUCUAUUGGUGGAAGAAAACAGCUGGGAGGGGGACGAGUCAGAGCUCAGCGACCCAACACUGACUCUGUUUAACCAGGAACACUUCCAAGAUGACUUCCUGCCCUUGUACGACAUAGACUAUUCCUUCCUGUGGGUGACUUUCAGUGGGAAGAACGAAGAUGAGCUGUCCGGACACCUUGAGAGCGUCAGGGAGUGUGCCAAGAGACUGGGCAUGCACUGGGCGCAUCGGCGUGCGUGCUUUGUGUUGGGCAGACUUUGUGCCAGAAAGCUUAAGUUUUCCCAGGCCCGUGUAUACUAUGAAGAAGCUCUGGGUGUCUCUGUCGACAGUUUCUCUGAUGUCCCACUGCUCGUGGCUCUCUUCACAAACCUCACUGCCAUCUACCUGAAGCAGCGUAUGAAUGACAAACUGCCCAAAACCCUGGAGAAGGCUGGUGCCCUGAUACUCUGUCUUCCCCGACAUGCCUUCACGUCCACAGAUGAAGUUGAACUCCUGAAGCUUCUGCUGAGGAGAUCCGUCGUAUUGGGGGACAAACUUUUGGAGGCUCGCGUCUGCUACCUCAUUUCUAGCCUCUUUUCACUUCUUAAGAAGACUGAGGAUGCACUACCUUUCUUAGAAAGACUUCAGUUUCUUAAUGUAACAUUAUCGGCCGCUGAAGGGGGACCGAUUGCACCUUUGGACCUUAACUGGCUCUUGAGCUGGCUCUAUCACCGUAAAUACAUGCCUCACUUGGCUCUGGCUUCCCUAAGCCUGGACUCAAGAGAAGACCAUUCACUUCAGCAUGCCUUCCAGAGGAUCGAGUUGUUCAUCAGGAACUCUGUCCGUCUGAAUCCGAGCUGGAAAGAAGGAACCUCCCUUCUUCCUGCGCAAAUAGUGGUUUACCUCCAACAGGCCUUAGCUGUAGCUGAGAAGAGUAAUGAUAUAAAGAUGCAGAGGGACCUUUGUUUGGGUUUGGCAUUGACCUACCAGCAAUAUGGCGCACUGGAUAAAGCUGUACGCUGCGCUCAACAAGCUGUGGAGACAGGAAGUCAUAUCAAUGAAGAAGAUGGCUUUGAGGCAUCAGUGCUACUUGGUUGGCUGCUGGUGUUGACAGGUCAGGCUGAAAGAGCUCAAAAUAUUUUACAGCCGCUGCUCACAUCACUACAGAGCACGGAUAGUCCCACUCAGCGAGGAGUCAUCCAUAAUCUGUUAGCUUUAUGCCUGAGGCAUCAGAAUCGGGUCCGAGAGGCAGGCUGGCACCUCCACUCUGCCCUGGUGAUCUCCAAAGAGAGCGGAAACCAAAGGAACCAGGCUCUGGCACUGGCUAACCUGGGCUGCCUCGCUCUGGAUGCUGGAGCAUCCCUCCUCGCAGAGCGAUUCCUGGUUAGGUCCCUGUGUCUUUUUCUGGAUCUUUGGGAGAGUCCAACAGAUGAGGAACACGUUCAGGCCUAUCUUUGGCUCGGGCGGAGCUACAAGGACAGAGGAAAGAGUCAGGACAUCAGGGCAUGCUAUGAGAUGGGGUUGCUAAUUGCACUGCAUGCCAGAAAUUUGCAUAGUCAGAUGGUUGUAGCCAAGCUUCUGAGUCUGCUCUAUGCUGACAUGCUGCUCUACGGUCAGAGCAUCGUUUACUACGAACACUGCGUCUCAGUUUCCAGAGAGCUAAAGGACAAAAGACGGGAGGGAGAGUAUCUGGAAAAACUCAGCAGUCUCUACCUCUCACUCAACACGGAGAAAUCAUCUCGUAAGUCUCUUGACUACACCAAGCAGAGCCUGAGGAUCUCUAUUGACUUGGGAAAGAGAGAGGAAGAGUCUGAGACGUGGUUGCAGGUGGGACGCAUCUAUUACCUCAUCCAAGAGGACGAGCUGGCGGACAUGUACCUGCAGGCAGCGGUGAAGACAGCCCUGAGGAUGAACGACCCUCGCUUUGCGAUGAACAUCUAUGAGGAGGCAGGAGAUGUUUACUUUAAAGGCCACAGGAACCGAAUGGCUUCAGAGCAUUUCUACAGGGAUGGGAGUCUGCCGUUUGCUCGGAGCAUCAAAGACGUCCAUUCAGAGUUCCGUUUGUUGGGGAAAUUAAUCGAGCUCCUAACGAAGCAAGGAGAGCAGGAGGAAGCUUUGCAGUAUGCCACACUGGCUGUUGAAAUAGCUAACCAGACAGGAGUUCGUGAAAAUGAGAGGACUGCAUAUCAUCGCUUGGCCACUAUUUAUUACAACCUGCAGCAGUAUGAGAUGGCAGAAAACUACUACCUGAAGUCCCUGUCCCUGUGUCCACCUACUCUGCAGAAUCCUGCAGAAGCGCAGUAUUACACUAAAGUCUACUGCAGGCUGGGGAACCUGACGCUACACGAACUCAAGGAUGCUUUCGAUGCAUUGGGGUACUUCCAUUUGGCUCUGGCAGCUGCUCUUGAGGACCGAGCUCAUCCCGAAGCGCUUUAUGUGGUGUACAUGAAGCUGGCGGAGAUACACGGCAGCCACAUGCCUGAUGCUCAGUUAUGCCAACUUUAUAGAGACAAAGCUCAGAGUCUGCAGAGGGUUUUGGCCGUUGUGGAAAACUCUGCCGACACAAGUCCUAAAAUAUUAAAUGUCGAUACGAGUUUGCUUGAAGGACGCUCUUCGGCUGAUCUUGAAGACAGGGAAGACACGGAGGAUCAGAGUCAGUGCUUUGCAGACACAGACACCAUCGUGAGUCAGUCCUAUAGUGACAGCGUCAUCACAGGGUCCUUAGAUACAGCUAAGGAGAACAUUUCAGACUCCAGCAGCUCCACCGGCACGUACCAGAAUCCCACCGAAGGGAAGGAUUCAGAGUUGGACUCUGAGCACAGCAUGCCCAGUCAAAUCCCUGCAAAUCCUAACAGUGAGUUCACGGACGCCAGAGAUACAGAUACGGACGAUCAAGACGAGCAAAACACCCCGACCGAAGAAACAGCUGAUCCAAUUAAAGCAGACUGUGUGAAGGGUUCUGUCUCCAUGAACAAUGAGAAAGCUGCAAAUAAGAAUGAUGCACAGAGACACGGGGAGGGACUCAGUUAUGCACACAACGGGAACGCAGACGUUGACACGUAGCAUUCCUCUCUCUAGCCGAAGGUUUUAGAGUAAACUGAUCCAAACGUUCCAGCCAACAUUGGCCUUUUUUAUUUGAGUGUGAUGUGGAUACUGUAAAUCAUUCAGAACACACUGGAAACAAUCUAAAUAAGUCUUUUUUUUUCUUAAAAUAAGUGCAUUUGUUCUUGAAUUGAGAAGGUAAGUGAGACACUUUGCCUUUGGAACAAGUCUUAUUUCAAUUGCAU